AUGGAAGACACACAUGUUAACGAUGAUAACGAACAAAUUAUACUAGUUCCUCGGCAAGAGACAACAUCUUAUCACGGUUUACUUGAUCCACGCAGACCAUAUCUUAAAUGGAUUGCGGUAUUUUUCAUGUGUUUUUUGUCAUUCGGAUCUUAUUAUUGUUAUGAUAAUCCAGCUGGUUUAGAAGAUGUGAUGAAAGAUGAUUUAAAAAUCUCUUCAUCAACUUUUACAUCAUUCUAUUCGUGGUAUUCAUGGCCUAAUGUUGUACUGGCUGCUGUUGGUGGUAUAUUAAUUGAUAAAUGGCUUGGAGUAGCACGUGGUGCAACUUUAUUUUGUGGAUUUAUUCUUGUUGGACAAGUCAUUUUUGGUAUUGGUGGUUAUUGUCGUUUAAUUUGGUUGAUGAAUGCUGGUCGUUUUAUAUUUGGUAUUGGUGGUGAAUCAUUAUCAAGUGCACAAAAUGCCUAUGCUGUUUCAUGGUUUUUUGGAAAACAAUUAAAUUUCGUAUUUGGAUUACAACUUUCAUUUGCUCGUGUAGGAAGCUUAGUAAAUAUGAAUACAAUUCAUCGCAUUUAUGAUUCACUUGAUAAAGAUGUAACUGGUCCACAUCGUAUUGGUACAACGCUUUUAAUCGCUGUUUCAACUUGUCUAAUUUCGCUUCUCUGUGCAAUUAUUCUUUGGUCAUUAGAUAUUCGACGACGCAAAGUCAUCCAAGAAGAUAACCCACCUGAUCCAUCUGAUGAAUUUCAUAUUCGAGAUAUUCGACAUUUUUCAGCUUCACUCUACUCUGUUUUUAUUAUUUGUGUAUUCUAUUAUGUUGCAAUAUUUCCGUUUAUUGCUGCAGCUCAAUUACUCUUUGAAUCAAAAUAUGAUUUAUCACCUGCUUGGUCAAAUGCAUGUAAUAGUUUAGUUUAUUUCAUGUCCGCAAUUCUUUCACCAUUACUUGGCUAUGCUGUUGAUAAAACUGGUAGAAAUCUUUACUGGCUCAUGGGCAGUAUUACAACAACAAUAAUAGCUCAUGCUCUUCUUGCAUUCCUUUUUGUUCAUCCAGUUGUGCCUCUUGUUUUAAUGGGCAUAUCUUAUUCUAUAUUAGCUGCAUCUCUUUGGCCAAUGGUAGCUUUUCUUGUUCCCAAAAAAAUGUUAGGUACAGCCUAUGGAUUUAUGCAGUCGAUUCAAAAUCUAGGCCUUGCUGUCAUGAAUAUAUUUACCGGUUUAAUUCUUGACAGUUAUGGCUAUUUUAUGCUCGAGAUAUUUUUUAUUAUAUGUCUUGAAAUUGCAUUAUUAGCCUCUGCAUUUCUAUACGUAUAUAAUUCGGUCAAAAAUGGCAUGCUCAACGAUUCACCAGCUGUACGACGUGCUAAACAAGAGUUGCUUGAUGGCAAAGGACCUGACCCAAGCAAUAAUGUCUCUGGUGCAUCAUCGUCACCUGAUGAAGACGAUCAAAAAGCUAUUAACACAUAA